AGCAAUUGGAUGUAUAGGUUGUCGGAAUGUUCCAAUUUCUUCAAAGUCUUGUACAUACUUGUGGUAUAUUCUUGGUUCUUGCAUUGUGUUAAUUAGUGCUUGAGCUCAAAUUUCAUGUUUCAGGUGCCACUAGGGAUGAGUUCUGUCUCUACGAAUUCACUGAAUUGUCUUCCAGAUGAGCUUCUUGUCAAGAUCUUGUCGUCCCUGGAAACGAAACAAGCUGCAUCAACCUCUAUUCUCUCCAAGAGGUGGAGGACUUUGUUUGCUGUCCGGCGCAAUCUUGACUUUGACGAUUCCAUGUUUUCGCACCCGGAAGAGGGUAAACAGGAUAGAGACGACAUUCAAGAGAGUUUCCGGGAUUUUGUAGAUAGAACAUUGGCUUUCCAAGGCAGUGUCCCUAUCAACAAGUUCUCACUUACUUGUGGAAAUGUACAUGACGAUGUUCGUGUUGACCGCUGGAUAAAUACCGCCCUGGAACACGGUGUCUCUGAGCUUCAUCUAUGCUUAACAUCUGUGACUCGACGUCUUUUCCCAUUCAAUGUCUUCAGGAGCAAAACAUUGGUUAAACUUACUUUGGGAACAAAACUCAUCAUCGUCUGUUUUCCUUCUGAUACGUGUCUUCCGGUGCUUAAGAUUCUCGUCAUUGAUUCAGUUUGGUUUGAGAGAGAAAAUUUCUCUAAUGUGCUUCUUGCUGGUUGCCCUGCACUUGAGGACUUAACCAUAGACCAAAAGUCUUUUCCGGGAUUGCCAAACGUUGUUUCCAGCAAAACCAUUAAGAGACUCUCCAUCGUCUAUAUACGUGCGAAUGAUGCUGAUUGGUUUCGCACGGUUGCGCUUGACACACCAAAGCUUCUCACCCUCUUCUACUCUACCUAUGCUCGGCAUAGGUAUCGACAUUGCAAUUUAGACUCGCUUGUCAAAGCAACACUUGAUCUUCAUUUCUCAGAAAAUGAAAUUUUUGAUGAGGCUUUUGAACCGAAUGUGACGGAUCUCAUGAUUGCGGUGCGCAAUGUCAAGAUGCUUCAUUUGACUUUUUCUGCUACUGAGGUGAUUUCGCAAUGCUGCAAAGGCGGACUCCCCGUGUUCGAAAACCUCCUUGGUUUAGUGUUUUUGGGUAACACUGAACGAGUUUGGAAAGUGUUUCUUCCACUUCUGCUAGAGCAUUCUCCAAACCUAACAACUCUGUUUCUCGAGGGUCUGUAUCAUUGCACAGAUGAACAUGAGUUUGAUGAAAUCCGCAUUCCCCGGAGUAACAAAGUUAACAUGUUGCGUAUCAUACAGUGUCAAGGAAGUGAAAUCGAGCUGAAACACAUUAGCCAUUUCUUACUGAAAAUGGAGUGUCUUCAGCUGGUGCAUGUUAACUUUUCAGAGACAAUUGUUGACUCCAAAAAGGUUCAACUCACAGAGGAUUUGUUUAAGCUUCCCACAGCUUCAUCCAAGCUCAAGAUGCAAAUCAUCUGAUCAUCAUCAUUCAUCAUCAUCAUCAUCAUCAUCAUCAUCAUCAUCAUCAUCCAUGUGUUUGUUCUAUUUCUUCAAAACUCAAAUUAGUAUAAGGUCUUUAUGUUAUAACUAUUUAUGGUUUAUGUUUACUGUUUAGGUAUUUUGAUCUUGAAACUAUGGCUUCUUGAACAAUUAAUGUUUCUUUUAUGUU